GCCAAAGUCACGCUCAAUCAUUUUUUUUUCUCCCUCAUCGUUUGCCUUGCCUUUAUUCAGACCGCAGAGAAGGGAGGGGCUGGCCUAUCAUUACCUUCUAUGAUUAUUUGUUUUCCGAGGGGCUUCUAUUCAUAUGACCCCAACUUUUGACCGAGUCACGAACCAACGGCUCAUUGUAUUUUACCUACACUAGUGAUCACCUAUUAUACGUCUUACUUUCUCGAAGCUACGCUGCAGAAGCAGGCACUUUUCUCAUUAGAAUACUCAUUCGUCUUAUCUCCCUCAUACAAUUUCUCUUGUUUUCUGCCUAUCCUAAAAGCAUCGUGUUGAUGCCGACACCGACAUCUGUUUCGCCUGACCUAGGCGACUGCCGGUCUCUAUCGCCGGCUGUGCUCGGGAAUGGCUUCCAGGAUCUUGAAAAUGGAGAACGGACGCCGCUGCUGCAGGCAGCUAACGAUCGGAGGUCGCCAUCGCCUAUACUUCUGAACUUACCUCCUCCGUCAACACCUUCGACCCGAUGGAAAGAGAAGGCUUGGGGCACCGCAACGGAUUUCUGGCUCCAGGGUAAGGGGAUGAUUCUCGUGAUGUUAUCCCAGUUCUUCGGAGCAUCUAUGAACGUUAUGACCCAGGUGCUAGAGUUAAAGGGGAGGAACGGAGAAGGUUUUCAGCCCUUUCAGAUUCUAUUCGCCCGUAUGUCAAUCACUGUCGUAGCGAGCUACCUCUACAUGUGGUAUGCUAAAGUACCACAACCAUUCGGAAACCGCUCCGUCCUCCCUCUCCUCAUUUUCCGCGCAGCUGGUGGUUUCUGGGGCGUGUACGGACUCUAUUACUCUGUCCAAUACUUGCCUCUCUCUGAAGCGACUGUUUUGACUUUCCUCGCCCCGAUUCUGAGCUGCUACGCUUGUUCGAUCUUCCUCCCCAGCGAGAUCUUCACUCGUAAGCAACAAUUUGCUGGAUUUGUCUCGUUGAUAGGUGUCAUCUUGAUCGCACGGCCCUUUGCCUUUUUGCGAACCGAUGCUGGGGAUGGAACGGAUUCGAUUGAAGCAGAGAGAGAAAACCCCGGGGAUGCAGACCAAAACCACCGCAUGAUGGCCAUUAUAAUGGCAAUGAUCGGGGUCCUCGGGGCGUCCUCCGCAUAUACAUCGAUCCGAAUGAUCGGACAGCGCUGCCAUCCACUAGUUUCAGUUACAUACUUCUCCUUGUUCACCACAGUGGUUUCUGUCAUUGCAAUCAUAGUUAUCCCUUCUAUAUCAUUAGAUUUGCCAGGGACACUUUUGGAAUGGACUUUGCUCACUGCACUCGGUGUCUGUGGGUUUCUGCUGCAAUUUCUGUUAACUGCCGGGUUGGCAUAUGUGCCACCCCCGCCGCGAGAUCGGAAAAAGUCUUCGAAUCACCAAUUAUUCAGGACGCCGAGCCAGCAUUCCAACCAGGAAGAACAGGUCUCAAAGCCAGAGGCGGACACCGGUGCCCGCUCUUCAUCCGGAACCAAAGCCACGGCCAUGCUUUACACACAGAUGCUCUUUGCCCUGUUUUAUGACAAUACUGUCUGGGGCAGUACGUUAUCGGCAGUCAGCUGGAUCGGAUCCGCCUUGAUCCUCUGCAGUGCACUCUAUGUGGCACUGGCGCGCGAAUCCACGCCGGCACAAGCCGAUGCAGCUGACGGUGAGGAGAACGCGAGGGGGUGAUUAACGCUAUAAUAAUGAGAAGUGGGUUCAGGCUCUGAAUUUGAACAGUCAGCAUUGAGUGCUCCAUCAGCUUAUCCAGACGUGAGCGCCAUGAAGAGCGCCAGGACACUGUGCAGCCACUGCAAGCAGUGAAUUGUGAAGAGGGGCGGAGAGCAGCAAGCUAAUGCACGCCGCGCAGCUCAAGAGAAGCGAGGUGGCGAUUUAAGGGACUUGUUCGCAGGACAGUCCUCCGGGGAAGGUUCAGUCACAUCUUUACACACCUCCCUUCCUAUAUUUGGAUCGUUGUCUAUGAGUGACAUGAUAGAUAUGACAAUAAUGCACUUACUCUAUGAUAUAGAAAAAUUAACUCGAAUUAAGAAACCAAAUAUGUACUCAAGAUACAUCAACAACCAAG